AUGCGUGUUGGACUACAGAGCGAUUUAGCUGCAGAACUGUUUGCCAAACAAUUGCUGAAUAUUGGUAACGGAAACCUCAAUGUUCAACAAGAACGUUUGAAAAUUUCUGGUCGCGAUACUCGUCGAAGGCAGAAAGUUUUACAAACGCAAGUGAGGAAUUUAUGUGAAGAGCGCGCAGAUUUUUUGGCGCAACUUCAAGAUCAAUAUCGAGAAAUAAAUCAUUUACGCAAAAGUCUUGGAUUGGCCGAAAAAGAAAAUGAGGAUUUAGUAAAAUCGCAAGGGGAUGAUCCAAAUGAUCCCAACAGGCCACGUUAUACUACACUUGAACUGAAAGAAUUAUUAAAUGAGCGUGAUGAACUUUUGACAACGAUUGAGAAUUUAAAUGAUGAAUUAAAAGCACUGAAACCACCAGAAAAACUAUCGAAACGUAAUAUUGACUCAAGUACUGAUGAUGAUGAUGAUGACAUCGACUGUGAUGAUGAGUCACAAACAAUUGAAGCAUGCGCUAGCGGCACACCACCUAGCCAUGAUGCACCAGUACAAGGUCCGUUGCCUUAUGAACCAGAUGAUGCACCAUGGAAGAAGAGCACAGAAUCCGGUAUUCGGAAAUUCUUUCGAAAAUUAUUUUCGGAUCCAUCGGAAGCUAAUAACACUUUUCCCAAACGUUCCUUCGCAACUUUGUCCAAAAUGGCUUUGUCUGCUACUCCUGGUAGUACAGAUAUAAAGUAAGAUAAUUAUGUAUUGUAUUUACGUACGAGGCAUUUUAAUAUGGAUCAAUUAAUUUCGUAAAGCAACAUACAUGCACGCGGAAAAACCAAAAAUUACUUGUUGAUUAUCAUAUAGUUAAGUACAUUUUUUUUACACUUAUUUAUAUAUGUAUUUUAUAUAUACUAACACAAACAGGUGCACAAGCCAAAAAUAACCUAAGGUUACAAAAUUUUUAUUUAUUUUUAAUUUCGUUACUAAUUAUUUAAAUAUAAC